AUGUCGACUAAAGAAAAUCACACUGGCCAAGAGGCUGAAGAAUCUCUUCUGUAUUCAGCAAGACACGGCGAACUUGUAGUAGUAAAGGCUUUGUUAGAAGCUAGACGAGAGGGAAAACUAACCCUGAACAUUGACUGUAGAGGUCAAAACAAAACCAACCUAGGAUGGACUCCACUCCAUCUCGCUACAUAUUUCCGACACAAGGAUGUGGUUGAGGUGUUAUUGGAUGCUGGGGCCAAUGUCGAUGAGGUCAAUGACACAGGAGACACAGCUCUUCAUAAAGCUGCUUUUAUUGGAGACCAGGAACUUGUCAUCUUACUGUUGAAUUAUAGAGCUGAUGUCAAUAUAAUGAAUGGUGAAGGUAGGACUGCCGAGGAUGUUUGCAAGACUCCAGAUGUUCAGAGAUUGUUGGAGGCGGCCGGUCUUGCCGAGAGGAGGGAUAAAGAACGGAAACUAUUGAAUGCUGCUAGAGAGGGACGGAUUGAUGACGUUCAGGAACUGUUGAGUUCCCCGAGUCCUCCCAAUAUCAACUGUGUGGAUGCUCAAGGCAACACGUGUCUACACUGUGUAGCGUACAGAGGUCACGCGAGGGUCGCUGUGCUAUUACUACAAAACGGGGUCGACACUACACUGAGGAAUAACAGAGGUCAGCUAGCGAUAGAUCUAUCUAAAGACAACGAGAUGCGUGAGGUCUUGAGCGUGCGGCCCGUACAAAGACUACAACGAACAGCACAGAGACACGAGGGACCCUUACUGAAGAGGUCACGCUUCUUAGGAUGGAGGCCGAUAUGGGCGGUGCUUCAACGUGGGGUGUUAUUGUACUACGGUUCAAGGGCGGAGGCUGCUCGUGAGGGGCGCGCGAGGGACCGCAAGUACCUGGACGGAGCCAAGCUGACCGCACCGGAUACGGAACCCGCGCUGCUCAUGGUUCACUUCAGUGACGGAGAGAACCACCGGCUGGCCGUGCCGCAAGGAGAUAAGAAUGAUAACGUGACCGCUUGUAGACAGUCGUGGAUAACAGCAUUGAAGGAGCACAUCGCUUACUCCGGACACUACUUGUGGGCUGGAGCAGAUAACGCUAGAGAGGCGACCGAAGACUUGGAGGACGAGUGUAAACCACUUGGGUCGAUGCAGGACGCUCUGACAGCUGCCACCAACAGCCUGGCGCUUCUCGACACACAGCUCCGAGAGUGUGCGGCUAUAGUAGCGGCGCUUGAUAAGAGCGUUCACGUUGGAAACUCAUUACACCACUCCGCGUACAUGCGUUUCCAGCACGCGUGUGGUUCAGGUCAAGCAGCGCUGGCGGCGUUGAGACACUGCGGGGCGCUGGUGGCGCAGCAACAGGACCGGGACAAGAGAGCUCUCGCACAACAGAUUGAGAGGAACCGUGUGUUAGAAGAGUCGCUGGCAGCGCUCGCCCGCACGCACCACGCGCUGGAGAUGUCCGUGGCUGAAGAACUUACUAAGAGCAAACGAAAGAAAAAAAUCUCGCAAUCGACGAACGAAUCGAAAGAGAACUUCUAUGAUGUUUAUGACGACGAUUCAGACGACGACACGCUGAUAACGGCAGGGUUGUCGAGUCCGUUGGGGGCGCUCAGUCCCUGGGGCAGUCCGGAUCUCACGAGGAGGUCGCCGCUCGACAGCCCUGACGGAGACGGUGACAGGACUCCAACCAAUGAGGGCAUGUUGGAUGGCGGGUCGUUGUCUCCCCCCUCCUCCCCCCACUCCUCUCGGUCGUCGGGGUCGCUCCACACGGCCGUGAGUCCGGCCAGCUCGAGGGGCACGCUGGUGUCUCAGGGCGGACACGUGUACAGGAACGCGAGGCCGUACAGGAGGAACAACACGCCCAGGACUUCGCUACCAGUGGCUCAAUUCAGCCGAGGUGAUUUCUCGCUGUGGUCGGUUUUGAAGAACUGCGUCGGCAAGGAACUGUCCAAGAUCACGAUGCCGGUGGUUUUCAAUGAACCGCUGUCAUUCCUGCAGCGAAUGCUGGAGUACUUGGAGUACGCUCAUCUGUUGAGGCUGGCCUCGGAACAGACUGACCCUGUUGCGAGGAUGGAGCAUAUUGCUGCUUUUGCUGUCAGUGCUCUGGCAUCAAACUGGGAGCGUCUGGGCAAACCUUUCAACCCUCUCCUGGGAGAGACAUAUGAACUCGAGAGACCUGAAUUCAGAGCAGUUUGUGAACAGGUUUCUCAUCAUCCUCCAGUGUCCGCCUUCCACGCUGACAGCCCUCACUUCGUGUUCCACGGCUCAGUUCAUCCAAAACUGAAGUUUUGUGGAAAGAGUGUGGAGAUACAACCCAAGGGACACGUUACUGUGGAACUUCCGAGAUGGGGUGAAGCUUAUACUUGGACUAACGUGAACUGCUGUGUUCACAAUGUGAUCGUUGGCAAGCUGUGGAUAGAACAGUACGGGGCCAUGGAGGUGACCUGUCACGGCGGCGCUGGUUUAAAGGCCAACCUGUCCUUCAAACCCGCAGGAUUCAAUAACAGAGAUCUCCAUAGAGUUGACGGAUUUAUUAUCGACCAGAACAAAAAGCGGCUUCGUUUCCUGUAUGGCAAGUGGACGGAGUUUAUAAAAGUAUGCAGCGCGAGUGCUCACGAGACCUGGGCGAAGGAGAGAGGUGAUGAGGGAACACAGCAGACACCCUCACAUACUCCUAAGAAGGUGCUCGCCAAGUUGAAUAGCUUCAAGGUCGGGGCGUUGCGAUCUAUGUCCAUACAAGACAACGACGAAGCUGAAAACUCUGAUGAAGUUCCAAAACCAGAUGAGGCUUACAAUAUCGAUAUCCCUGGUUCUACUAUCCUGUGGGAGGCGCGGCCACGACCAAGCAAUAGUGCACAGUAUUACCAGUUCACGGAAUUCGCAAUGUCUCUGAACGAGUUGGAGCGUGACAUGAAGAGCCAGCUGUGUCCUACAGACAGCCGCCUGCGUCCCGAUAUAAGAUUAUUGGAGGCUGGAGACAUUGAUGGCGCUGCAGCGGAGAAGACACGUCUAGAAGAAAAACAGCGUUCAGCGCGGAAAGUGCUUAAAAAGAGCUCUGACGGCUGGCAAGCGAGAUGGUUCAGUCAAGGUACAAAUCCGUAUACGAAGCAAGAGGACUGGCUUUACAACGGCGGCUACUGGGACCGUAACUAUCAGCAUCUGAAGGAUGUGGAUAUAUUUUAA